AUGCCGCCCCCAGCCACAAGUCCCCCUGCCGUGCCCCCACCAGACGGCGGUUGGGGGUGGGCUGUAGUGUUAGCAUCUUUCAUCUCCAUAGGCUUCUCGUACGCAUUCCCCAAGGCCAUCACGGUCUACUUCAAAGACAUCCAGGUCAUCUUCGAUGUCUCCUACAGCCAGAUUGCAUGGAUCUCCUCAAUCAUGCUUGCAGUCAUGUAUGCUGCUGGUCCCAUCAGCAGUAUACUGGUCAACACAUACGGCUGCAGGCCCAUUGUCAUGAUGGGGGGCUGCCUCUGUGCCACUGGCAUGAUCUUAGCUUCCUUCUGCACCAGUGUGUUGCAGCUUUACCUCUGCAUAGGACUUAUUGGCGGACUUGGACUAGCCUUCAACCUGCAGCCAGCACUGACCAUGAUAGGCAAAUACUUCUAUAAGAAGCGUCCCAUUGCUAACGGGCUGGCGAUGGCAGGCAGUCCGGUGUUCCUCAGUACCCUGGCUCCUCUCAACCAGUACCUCUUCAACCAGUUUGGCUGGAGAGGCAGCUUCCUCAUCCUGGGCGGCCUGCUGCUGAACUGCUGUGUGGCUGGUUCCCUCAUGAGACCUCUGGGACCACCACCCGGCAAGAUCAAGAAAGACGAAGAGUUAGCAGUCAUUACCACCACAACAAAAGAGAAGCGCAGUGCCUGGCAAACAGUCAACAAAUACCUGGACUUGACACUCUUCAAGCAUCGCGGCUUCCUCAUUUACCUGUCAGGCAAUGUCAUCAUGUUCCUGGGCUUCUUUGCACCUAUUGUCUUCCUCACAGCCUAUGCUAAGGACAUGGGUGUGGAUGAGUACUCAGCUGCCUUCCUUCUCUCAAUUCUGGCUUUCGUUGACAUGUUUGCUAGGCCCUCCAUGGGGCUAUUGGCCAACUCGCGCUGGGUCCGGCCGAAGAUCCAGUACUUCUUCAGCUUUGCUGUGCUGUACAAUGGGGUGUGCCACAUCCUCUGCCCACUGGUGGAAAGCUACACUGGUCUGGUGGUGUAUGCUAUGUUCUUCGGCUUUGCCUUUGGCAUGGUCAGCUCAGUGCUGUUUGAAACACUGAUGGACCUGGUUGGGCCUCAGAGGUUCUCCAGUGCUGUGGGACUCACUACCAUUGUGGAGUGCUGCCCGGUCCUCAUUGGUCCACCUCUAGCAGGGAAACUGGUCGAUGUCACAAAAAACUACAAGUACAUGUAUUUUUGCUGUGGAGCUGUCGUGAUUUUGGCAAGUAUUUGGCUCUUUAUUGGAAACUUCAUUAACUACAGACUCUUGGACCGUGAGCGCAAGGCUGCAGAGAUGUACAAACGGACUGAGACAGAAGAUCCUGACCAUGUUCAGGAUCAGAAGGAGGCCGAUGGGGAAACCCAGGUGUCAGAGAAGCUGGGCGACAAAUGUCAAAAAGAAGAGGAACCUAUGCAGCGGGAAACCAACAUCUAGAUCCUUCUGCUCUGCCAACAGCUCACCUUCACCUCCGUGGCAACCUUUACAACACCCUCCGCUACAAUCAAAUUGAGCUCCAAGCCAAGAGGUCCCUCUCGGUGUUCCACCAGGCUCUAUCUGGGGUCCUCUGCUAAAACUAACUGCCAAAGCAACAACUGUGUUGUAGGAAGCUGUGAGGCGUAAUGUCUGUUUGUCAAAGAGCAUCAGCUGUGACUGUAACAGAAAUACUAACCAGAGAGAAAAGUGUAAGCUAGUUUAUGCAUGUGAAGAAGCUAAAAGUCAGUAAAUGGGAAAACAGUGUACUAAUAACUGUAUUUUCUUUUUUGCCACGUUCACCUCAUAUCGGAUUUACUGUAAAUACAAGACUGCAACUGGGGAAAGUACAUUCAUGGCACCUAGUGGCAGUUACGAUCAGGAUGUGAGAUUAUAGGAAGAAUGUAUCCAAAAUUGUGUCAACUGAGAACUAACAGCAGCAAAGCCACAGAUGUUGGCAGAUAAUUAGAAAAUUAAUGAAAUUCACAGUCAGACAAUCAGCUCUCAUUAAGAAAAGUAUUAUCGGCUGCAGUUUGUUUGUGGUUGAUUAUAGUUAUAUUUGUGUGUUACAAAGAGUUAAUAUAUUCCACGCUAUAGAAACAAGCGUCCUUCCGUUUUUCCUACUUUGUCUUCCGAUAUGACGUGAAUGCAGCAUCAGCACUGUUCCAACAGCACCAGCAAACUGAACUCAUGUUCAAAAUAAAAUCUGUCCUCUUCACAACACAAUGACGUCUUGCUAAACGAUCAAAGGUUCUGUU